AUGAGUAUUACAUUUGCAGACAGCUCCGUCCAUGAAGAUAUAUCAAAGAUGAUAAUAUAUGCUACGCACAACAUCAUAACAGAGGAAGCCUCUCCACUUGGGUACCUUCUAGUUCGCUGUGUACGCCUUUACCUCGAGGUCGACAUGUACGCUGCCUUCGAGGUUCACACAACGAAUACCAUCAGCGAGGGCAGAAGUACUGUUCAAGCCCUAACGGCAUUCAUGAACAUCAGGUAA